CCGAGGGGAGAACCAAAGCAUAACCUCACCGCACCGCCUCGUGCUCGUGCUCGCCGGACGACGACGACCGACGACGUCGGAGCCAACCAACCAAACAAACCAACCAACCUUCCUUCCAGAAUACAAAUCCCCGACCCCGACGCGCCACCAGCAGCAGCGUCCCUCUCUCUUCCUCCUCCUUCCCGCCGCCGUCGCCGCCGCCUACCCCAUUCCCCCCGCGCCAGCCCCGAUCCGGAUGGCGCAUGGGGGCUCCUCCUCCUCCCCGCCGUCCCGCCGGCGCUUCACGGCCGCCGUCUUCGCGGUCGCCGUGGCGCUCGCCCUCGCGCCGCAGCUGCGGCCCGCCGCGGGGAGGCCCGACAAGGAGACGCGGGAGAAGUUCUACGGAAGGCUCGUCACCAAUGGCACCCACAACGCCUCCGCGGAGGACAGCAUCGCCGACAUGUUCGGCCGCGUGCUCGAGAAGGAGUUCUCCGACAGCGACACCAACGAGACACCGGACAAGAAUAGCUUCAACAACAGCAUCUCAGAUCAUCAAGCUGUUCUGGAGACUGUAGCUGUUAUUACACACGACAGGAAAAAUGAUUCGCAGCUGGCAAAUUCCUCAAGGCCUUUCCAAAUAGGUGAUAUGUUUGGGGGUCAGAAUGAGAAUUCUGAUGAAACUGAAACUGUGAUAGAUAAAGAGGAUAAUGUUUUUGUGAUGUCCAAUCGUAAAACAAAGUAUCCAACACUUCAAUUAGAUUUAAGAUUGAUUAAAGAUCUGGUGGUUAUAAUUGUUUCAGCUACUGGUGGCGGUAUCAUAUUCUCUUGUUUGGGCCAGCCAGUUAUUGUUGGCUAUCUACUUGCUGGUUCUCUUAUUGGACCUGGAGGCUUAAACUUGAUCAGUGAAAUGGUGCAGGUGGAGACCUUUGCACAGUUUGGUGUGGUGUUUCUUCUUUUCGCUCUUGGCCUUGAGUUUUCAUUGCCAAAGUUGAAAGCGGUUGGGCCUGUUGCUGUCGUUGGUGGUCUACUUCAGAUUGCUCUGUUUAUGUUCUUGUGUGGUCUAACUGCUGUGUUGUGCGGUGCUAAAACAUCUGAGGGAGUAUUUGUUGGCACUUUCCUGUCAAUGUCAUCUACUGCAGUGGUUUCCAAGUUUCUAGUGGAAAAGGGUAGCACAAAUGCACUCCAUGGUCAAGUUACAAUUGGUACCCUUAUCCUUCAGGAUUGUGCAGUUGGCCUACUUUUUGCUCUCAUUCCAGUUCUUGGUGGUUCUAGUAGCUUAUUUGGAGGAAUGAUGUCAAUUGGGAAACUGUUGCUUGUACUAUCCAUAUUUGUAACUGUUGCAUAUAUGAUGACUUGGUCAUUUGUGCCUCGAUUCCUAAAACUGAUGAUUCAGUUAUCAUCACAGACAAAUGAACUCUAUCAGUUGGCUGCAGUUGCCUUUUGCUUGCUGCUAGCCUGGUGCAGUGAUUAUCUUGGAUUGAGUCUUGAACUGGGCUCAUUUCUUGCUGGUGUUAUGAUAUCCACCACGGAUUUUGCUCAUCAUACUUUGGAGCAGGUGGAAGCAAUCCGUAACUUAUUUGCAGCACUCUUCCUCGCAAGCAUUGGCAUGCUCAUACAUUUCAAGUUCUUGUGGAAUCAUGUUGAUAUAUUACUUGCAGCUGUUAUACUGGUUAUAAUAGUUAAGAGUUUAGUCAUAACAGUUGUCAUAAAAGCAUUUGGAUACAACAUCAGAACAGCUUUCGUUGUUGGCCUAUCGUUAGCUCAGAUUGGAGAGUUUGCUUUUGUUCUUCUGAGCCGUGCUUCACAUCUUCAUCUUAUUGGGGGGAAAAUGUAUCUGUUAUUACUGGGAACAACUGCUCUUAGCUUGGUAACAACACCCCUCAUUUUCAAGCUAAUUCCUGUGGUAAUGCAACUUGGCAUCCUUAUGCGUUGGUUCCCCUCAGAAAGUAAUGUGCAUAAUGAGGUGUUCAAAGGGCCAAGCAUGUCUCCCCAGUUUCAUGACCAAGAUAUACUGAAUGAAACAAACUGCCUUUACAGGAAAAAGUAACUAUGCUUGAAGUUCACAACAGAACGCUCUAACACUGCAAAGCCACCACAUUCAUUUGACUGACAGCGAUUUAUUUGUGCAUCGACUCUUUGCACACGCUGCGGAACACUGCGCAAACAGUUCCAUCAUUUCCUUCCACGGCAAUACAGGGGCAUGACGCACUAAAUAUAACACUUUAAAGGGAAGGGGAGCUAUAAAUCCAAGAAAAUGACUUUGUACAUACUGUACAUGUAUUCGACGUAGCAUAUUCUUUACACAGUAAGGCCCUGGGCCUAGUUUUGUACCAUUCUUGCCAACAGUCUAGGAGUUAGAUAGGGAUUUUGUAUGCUGUGCUCAGGCGUACCGAACAAGUGAGAUGUACUGUGCCCCCACCAGAUUAUUGUGGGUAAGCUGUAUGCUAUAUAUAUCGGCAAUUGCCUGUGCCUGAAUGCUCUAUUACCAGGUCACACGAUCUUGUCUUGUCUUAUCCACUACACUAC